AUACUGAGUUCUGAGGUGAGGCAUCUAACAGUUUGUCCACUAUCUGUUCCCAUGGAAGAUGUUCAACAGAAACACAAGGAGACUCUGCGGGCACAAACUGAAACACUGAGAGUGAACACGAUCCUGAUGACGGAGAAGGAGAAGGUUUUCCAGCUUCUUGAUCAAUACGCUGAGCUCACGGUCAUUUCUACUGUACGAGAUCGGAGACUUGUGGAACAUGAGCUGCUGGCAAGAGGCAGAGACCACGAGGAGUGGAGAGAGAAACAUCUCCGUGGAGAGCUGGAAAAAAUCCAGACUCACCAGUUGUUCCAGAGCAGCUUUUCCCAGAGUAAAUCCAAAUCUGGGAAUUCGGCAGCAGUAGCCGGAGCGCCGGGAAUCGGGAAAACAACAAUGGUACAAAAGAUCGUUUAUGACUGGGCCACGGGGGAAAUAUAUCAACAAUUCCAGUUGGUCUUCAGUUUCAAAUUUCGGGAUUUAAACUCCAUUAACUGUAGAAUAAACCUGAGGGAACUGAUUCUGGAUCAGUAUCCUUACUUUGGGAAUAUCCUGAGAGAGGUCUGGAAGAACCCAGAGGGAAUGCUGUUUAUAUUCGAUGGAUUGGAUGAAUUUAAUGACAAAAUUAAUUUUUCUGACAGUCGGAGAGACACAGAGCCUCAGUACACAUGCACAGAUCCUGAAUUCAAGUGUAACGUGUCUGACAUUGUGUACAGUUUAAUCCAGCACAAGCUGCUCCCAGGGUGUUCAGUGCUGGUGACCACCCGGCCCUCUGCGUUACAUUUAUUGGAAAAGGCUGAUAUCAGUGUCUGGGCUGAAAUCCUGGGAUUUUCUGCUGAGAAACGGAAAAAAUGUUUCAUGGGGUAUUUUGAAGAUCAGGUAGUUGCAGCAGCUGUUUUCAAACACGUGAAGGAUAACGAGAUCCUGUACACCAUGAGCUACAACCCCUCCUACUGCUGGAUCCUUGCUCUGGCACUGGGCCCCUUCUUCACACAAAGAGUCAGGGACCCGCAGCGAGUUCCCAAGACCAUCACCCAACUGUACUCCUACUAUAUUUACAACAUCCUGAAAAACCACGGCCGUGAGUUUGAGAACCCCCGUGAUGUAUUACUCAGGGUUGGUCAGAUGGCCUUCAGAGGAGUGUCCGAUAGGAAGAUUGUGUUUACAGAUGGGGAUUUGAUCAACUGCAAUCUGCAGCCUUCCCAGUUCCUGUCCGGGUUCCUGAUGGAGCUUUUGGAGAGAGAGGAUUCUGCCCGGAGCGUGGUGUACACAUUCCCACACCUCACCAUCCAAGAGUUUGUAGCAGCAGUCGCACAAUUCCUGAAUCCACAUCCCGGGAAUAUCCUGAAAUUCGUCAGUAAAACCUACAACUCGACAGAUGGGCGGUUUGAGGUAUUUCUCCGUUUUGUUGCUGGUCUCUCCAACCCAAUGACAGCUCGGGGCCUGGAGGAGUUUCUGGGUCCAUUUCCUCAUGAAACAACCUGCCGCGUGAUUGACUGGGUGAAGGAGGAGGUUAAACGUCAGAGUAGAAACACGAGUGAAGCUGGUAAAAGGAGCCUCCUGAACACAUUGCACUACUUGUUUGAGUCACAGAAUAGUGGACUGGCUCAGGAAACACUGGGAUCUGUGAAUACACUUUCAUUCCGUGAAAUUACCCUGACCCCGAUUGACUGCGCGGUCCUGUCUCAUGUCAUUGGACUCUGUGAUACAAUAAAACACCUCGAACUUGUUCGCUGCCGCAUUCAGUGUGAAGGAAUCCAGCGGCUGGGACCCGGGCUGCACAAGUGCCAGGAGUUGAGACUGAUUGAUAAUAAACUGGGGGUUUUGGGACUGAAACCGGUGUCUGCGGCUCUGAGGAAACCGAAGUGUAAAAUACAGAAACUGAGGCUGGAGAAUGUCGGUCUCACAGAUUGUAAUGCCGAGGAUCUCAUCUCUGCUCUCAGUACAAACACAUCACUGAAGUGGCUGUACCUGAGUCACAACUCACUGACAGACCGAUCACUCCCCGCUCUCCGCCGCCUCAUACGGGAUCUCCCGAGUCUGGUGUGGAUUGGGCUGGAGGACAAUCGGUUUAGUGAGACCGGGAGGAAGGAACUGAGAUCUCUGCAGGAACCCAGACCCGGAGUGACAGUGACCGUGUGA